UACGGAAGCCCAGAAGAACCAAGCCGGCUUGACGCCGCUUUUGUCAACGCUUGGUUUUUGGUGACCUUUACACCGGAAAUAAAAUUUGGUAAACAGUGCGAACACUUGGAGGUGAAAGUAUAUCACCCGAUCCAACAUUAAAAUGUCCAAAAAUCAGAGAAUAGCGUUGAUAUUUGGAGGCUUUGUAACGGCGGUUGCUGCGGCGUUUUACCCCAUAUUCUUCUACCCGCUCACGCACAACGAAGAGUACAGAGACGUCCAAAAGAUGAACCGGACAGGAGUCAACCAGGCAGAUGUCCAACCCGUAGGUGUGAAGAUAUGGUCUGAUCCAUUCAAGCCUUCAGGCAAAUGACAACCAGUGACAUCUCACCUUUCAAUAAUUCCUCUGACACUGAUGCUGAUGAAGACUUUGAAUGGAGAGCGCCCGUCUGAUGAGUGCUUGGUGUGUGCGUGAGUGAAUGCUUUCCAGAAUGUACUUUAGAUUGUAAGUGAUUCCUUAAAUCCUGUGAAUAAAGUGACACACACUUAUAA